AACCAACCGCCGGGGCCCGCCCCGAGACUCGACUCCCCGCAGCCGCAGGCUUCGGAAACGAGAGCAGCAGCAGCAGCAGCAGCAGCACCAGCAAUGGCAGCCGCAGCCGUGGCCUCCAGCUCCACCCCGCGGCCGCUCCGCCUGGCGCCGCGCUGGGCUCUCGGCGGCGCGCCCGACCAUGCCAACGCCCCGACGCUCCGCUCCCGCAGGCCGCGGCUCGCCAUGUCGGCCGCGGCCGGGGCGGAGGCCGGCGGCUCCGAGCGGUUCUACUUCAACUUCACCGGCUUCCCCUUCCCGCUCGGGCCCUUCCUCAACCGCCGCACCAUCCGCACCGAGGCGGUGAAGGGCAGCAUAUGGCUGUUCGAGCAGGAGCAGGCGCUGGGCUUCAGCAGCGUCUCCACCAACAUCCGCAUGACCGUCAUCAGGCUCAAGUCCGGCGGGCUCUGGGUGCACGCGCCCAUCGCGCCUACCAAGGAGUGCAUUCAGGUACGCACGCUACCUACCUGCUGCCCGGCGCGCUGCUCAAGGAGCUGGACGCGCCGGUGGAGCACAUCGUGCUGCCGACCUUCGCGUACGAGCACAAGAUCUUCGUCGGGCCCUUCUCCAGGAAGUUCCCCAGGGCGCGGAUAUGGGUGGCGCCCAGGCAGUGGAGCUGGCCGAUCAACCUGCCGCUCGAGUUCUUCGGCAUCUUCCGGGCCAAGCCCCUCGAGGACGAGGACGACACCACCCCAUGGGCCACCGAGAUCGAGCAGAAGGUGCUCAGCUCGCCGGAAGUUGGGAUUGGGCCAUACGUGGAGGUGGCGUUCUACCAUAAGCCUUCAAAGACAUUGCUGGUGACGGAUGCUGUCAUCUUUGUUCCGCGGCAGCCUCCCGAGUGUAUCAGCAAAGAAUCUUUGUUAGCUUCAGCCAAGAACGGAUUGGCAGUGAAGUUAUUGAGCAAAGGAAAAGAGGUUCCAGAUGAACCAGUUGUGGACAAUGCACUGAACCGUCAGAAAGGAUGGGAAAGGAUGGUGCUUCAAAUACUGUUUCUUGGCCCCUCAAAUCUUCUUGAGCCAAAUGCAAGUUUUGCUCAAAUGUCACAAAAAUUGAUCGUCUCGCCAAUUGUCAAGACACUCGUUUUCAGCAAAGUUCCAGAGAAGGUGAGGGAUUGGGUCGACAGGAUCGCUGCUGACUGGCCAUUCCGACGGAUAAUCCCUUGCCACUUUUCAGCCCCAAUCAACGCAAGCCGAUCAGACUUCCUGGCCGCUUUCGGCUUCCUUGAUGAGUUGCUCCCUGAUCGCCCUGCCGCGGUGUCUGGCCUCUCCCUGCUCUUGGCAUCCUUCAUGGGGAAGGCGGCCAGCUACUUCCCUCCUGACGACAUGAAGACGCUUUCCUCGCUGGACGAGUUCUUGGUUUCGGUUGGUGCUGUCAAGAAGACCGUCUCCGGAAGGAAGAGGUGAUGCGGAGAAAGCUGGUGGAUUGUGCAUAGUUUUGUAAGAAAACAUAGUUGCUGCAGCUCAUGCUUAAAGCAUGGUGUACACUGUCAAAUCCGUAUGUAGUUAGUGGACAAAAGCUGGUCCAUUUUAGGCUAUAACAUAGGGAAGAGUACAUGUAUCUUCUUGCCUUCAAUAGAAAGCCAGAUUUUACUGCAUAGUAUGAAUUUUACCGGACUGUA